AUGACGCUUAAAACGCACGACCGUCCGUACGACAUUGUCGUCUUUGGCGCUUCCGGAUACACUGGUGCUUGUGUGGCUGAGCACAUCACGGCAAGCUUGCCAACGACGCUGAAAUGGGCGCUCGCUGGUCGCUCUCACGACAAGCUGACCAGGCUGGCCGCCCAGCUGAAGGAGUUGAAUGCUGACCGCAACCAGCCAGCCAUCGAAAUCGUUGCAGCCACCGACGAGGAUUUGGACAAGCUGGCCAAGAAGACGUUUGUGCUCAUCACCACCGUGGGCCCAUACAUCAAAUAUGGAGAGCCGGCAUUUCGGGCAUGUGCACAGAACGGCACCCAUUAUUUUGAUGUCACAGGAGAGGUGCCCUUUUCUGCUCGCAUGAUUCGCAAAUACGAAGCCGCAGCAAAACAAUCCGGUGCGAUCAUGCUGCCCCAGUGCGGAAUUGAGUCGGCCCCGGCCGAUCUUGUCACCUGGAUGGUUGCAAAGACUAUCCGGCAGCAGCUUAAGGCCAACACUGCAGAUGUGACCGUAGCCAUGGCGGCUCCUUCUGGUGGCACACUCAAUACUGUAUUCACUGGCGCUGAGUUAGUCACUCUCAAGGAGCUGCGCGAAACCAUGGCCCCGUUCGCACUGUCGCCAGUGCUCAAGAACAAUCCGACGCGGGGCCAGUUCUCAAUUCUCCAGUUGCUGACGGGCAUCAUCCGGGUUCCGAACCUUGGCUUGCUGACGACUGCCUUGGCCGGCUCUUCUGAUGCGGCCCUCGUCGAGCGCACAUGGGGUCUGCUCUCAAGCACGCCAUCCCGGGAGCAAGAGUCUUACGGGCCCAACUUUUCCUUCUGCGAAUACGCGCGUGUGCGAAGCCGUCUCCAGGGCUUUAUCAUUCACUGGGGUUUGGCUGUUGGCAGCGUCCUCCUGUUCACGCUGCCCCCUUUACGCUGGCUCGCCAGGCGAUUCGUCUAUCAGCCAGGCGAAGGUGCCACAAAAGAACAGAGUAAGAGGGACCGGAUCGAAUGUCGCGCAAUCGGCAAUCCAGACUUCGACGUCGCUACCGAGACUGGGAAGCCACGACAGCAGGCUUUUGGCCGGGUAUUGUACAAGGGAAGUAUCUAUGCGCUCACCGGCGCUCUCGUGGCCGAGGGUGCCCUGACGGUGCUAGAAGAUGAUGUCCGGCUGGACGGAGGCAUCUAUACUGCAGCCCUUCUUGGCCAAGGGUUUAUCGAUCGACUUGAAAAGGCAGGCGUGGAAUUUGAGGCAAAGGUGAUUGAUGUCAGUGAACAGUAA